CUGCCAAUCAGUGAGCCAAAGGAAGGAAACAUUGUGGUGACGUGAAUGGGCACGGAGCUACGACAGCGUAUAAAGACAUCGCAAAGACCACAUCAACCACUGGGAGGAGAGGCUCGAACAGGUCUCACUUGGAUCGACCCGCUGGUCUGAGCGAGCUGUCGACGCCUUAGGAUUUGAUGAAUUCAUCACAAAACCAUGGAGCUAAACAGCAUGUCCCCUGUUUUACAGUCCAAAAUGGCAAUCUCGCCCCAAUCCAGCCGCUCGACCGUCGAUCGAGCAGGCUCUUCAAAAGUUGUUCUUGCGUACAGGAACGCGUCGCAGCAUUUGUGCUCGAGUGGAAUAAAAGCAGGGAUGGGUAUGCUGAAACUGGCGACGUUGCAAUGGAAACAAUGUAAGACGCGAUCUGAGGCAAUCGUGAAGCAGGGCGGGUCCUCGCCAUCCAGCAGGAAUUCCUGCAAGAAUUCCCCGCUCGAUCAAUUGGCAGCUUUAGUGGUUAAUGGUCCUACCCGCCUGAGUCCGCUUGGACAGGAGCCCUGCAAAGAUAAGUCCAGGAAACACCAGAACUGUAAGCGCAUCGUGGUGCUCGGCGCUCCGCGGGUCGGAAAGACCUCGAUUCUCAGAAGGUACCUCCGGGAUGGAUUUGUGGAAGAGUACAAGCCAACUUCUGAGGACUUUCAUAGAAAGCUUUUCCGUAUCCGCGGAGAGACAUAUCAAAUUGACAUCCUGGAUGCGUCUGGAGAAAGAAGCUUUCCAGCCAAACGGCGCCUCUCCAUUCUAACUGGUGACGUUUUCUUGCUAGUAUUCAGUCUGGACGACCGGAGCUCAUUCGAGGAGGUGUGCGCCUUGCGGACAGAGAUCCUGGAAGCAAAGGCCAAACUAAACCAAAUAUGUGUGCCGGGUCAGUGCGCAACUGUUCCAUUCGUGGUGUGCGCCAACAAGAUGGAUCUACCGCUGUCGGAGAGAGCUAUACCGCAAACAGACUUGAUGCAAACGCUUGGCGAGGAUUGUGCGUACUUUGAAACCUCUGCCAAGGAAAGUACUAACCUAGAUAAAGUAUUCGAGGCCUUGGCGAAGCAAGGGGGCUUGCCUGCGGAAACCGGCCCAUCGCAGCACCGCAAAGUCUCUCUACGUUCGUACCAGGCAAUGUGCACGGACCACGUGCACGGCAGAAUGAGCCAGGCGCCCCGCAGCGAUGACGCGUGCGGCGCACUGCAUCCACUAGCACGACGGCCGAGUUUCAGCACAGAUCUUCGUCAAAUCAUGGGACCUCAUCAGCCACAAAAGCCUUGUAAAAAUUUUGAGAAGUGCAAGAUUCAAUAAGAAACACAUAUCGAUAACCGUUGCGGUGCUUCAACAGCCUAUUCCAUGGUGGUCUUAAUAGUAAAACAUCAUUAUUUCAAGGUCCCUUUUAAAUGUGCUGUGGACUAUAGGCCUACGUGGCUGUUGGCUGAGUAUUUGCCAUUAUUUAUUAAUGUUAUCCAGUAAGUUGAUUAUUUAUUAUUACCCGUAUCUCACUUUGUUUUUGUGUGUGUUUGCCAAAGCUCCCUCUUUCAUGUUGUCAAGUGAUAUGCAUUCAGAGAUAUCAAUAAAUGCUGUGGAAACUGGAAUUACAAUUGUUGAGGUUGUUUUUAUUAGGAAUGAUUGUAUAAAACAAAGGAUGAUCCAACAAUACACAAAAAUCGAUGUGUUUAGUUCGUUUUCGCAUGAAGGCAGGUUUGAGGUUUAAAAUUGCCAAAGACUGUCUCAUAUAUAACUCAACUUUGCCGUAUAGUUGAUGAUGAUUCUUCCUCGCAGUGGGAGAACGUUUUAAAAUGGGUAGUUGUGCAUUGUAAAUAAUAAAUCCAUUUAUCCUUGGAGUAUCUCUCAAAGAUGUUUAUAAAAGUUAUAAACAGGGAUGUUAUUGCAGACAGCCAAAGACUAUCAUCACUUUAGAGUCUGUUACGUUUCCAUGGAGACGUCUUUUCAAUUCAUGUAAUGACAUAAAAUUACAAAAAUUAAGAAGAAAAAACAAAACAAUCAUGGGUUUCUUAUUGUGUGGAAAAGCUGACAGCUGAGUUAUUUCAAUGCAGAAGAAAAAGGUGUUUGGAUUUCGUGAUUAUAUCCCCUUAUUUCCACUGGUGCACAGGAGUCCAUCUUGGCCAUGUAAGAAGAUCACAAAGGAUGGGUUAUAGCUCUCUCUUUUCUGUCUCCUUCUCAAUUUUUCAUUUCUUUCAACACAACAGAAGGUGGCCUCACUUCGCUCUGUGUUCACUGAGGAAGAGCUCACGCUCACAUGUGCCGUUGCAAUUUUCUUCAGUUCAACAUGAAGCCUCCACAAUUUUUCAGCAUGUGCACUGGCCUUGGGUUUUGUGUGAGUGCUCAACAAACUGUAUGCCAAGGUUUUUAUAAUUCUACCAAGUUCACCAUUCAUAGAGGUUCCCCUAACACAAAAACACAAAAAUAGUCAAAUAAAGUCACUCAUAAGAUAUCACUAGUUCUUUAUAACAAUCGGGGUAUGUUUAAAAAUGUGCUGAUGGAAGUGCAAUGAGUUAUUACUUAAUAAUUCACACAUUUUUCAAAUAUAUUAGCAACU